AGGAGGGCCGCGCGGGAGGCUGUCUGCGGCCGCGUCUCCGCCUGCUCGCUCGCCGCCCCUGCGGCUCUGUGCAGCUCCCGCCCGCCCCGAAGCCGCCGGCCGUCUCGGGCGGCCGCAUCCGCCUCCCGCCUCAGCGCCCGGAGGACAUGAGGGAGAGAGAAUGAGCCAGAGGGACACGCUGGUGCAUCUGUUUGCUGGGGGAUGUGGUGGUACAGUAGGAGCUAUUCUGACAUGUCCACUGGAAGUUGUAAAAACACGGCUACAGUCAUCUUCUGUGACGCUUUAUAUCUCUGAAGUUCAGCUCAACACCGUGGCUGGAGCCAGUGUCAACCGAGUGAUGUCUCCUGGACCACUCCAUUGCUUAAAGAUGAUCUUGGAAAAAGAAGGACCUCGCUCCUUGUUUAGAGGAUUAGGCCCCAAUUUAGUGGGGGUGGCCCCUUCCAGAGCAAUAUAUUUUGCUGCUUAUUCAAACUGCAAGGAAAAGUUGAAUGGUGUAUUUGAUGCUGAUUCUACCCAGGUACACAUGAUUUCAGCUGCAAUGGCAGGUUUUACUGCAAUCACAGCAACCAAUCCCAUUUGGCUUAUAAAGACUCGGUUACAACUUGAUGCAAGGAACCGUGGGGAAAAGCGAAUGGGAGCUUUUGAAUGUGUUGGUAGAGUGUAUCAGACAGAUGGACUUAGAGGAUUUUAUAGGGGCAUGUCUGCUUCAUAUGCUGGCAUAUCAGAGACUGUUAUCCAUUUUGUUAUUUAUGAAAGUAUUAAGCAAAAACUACUGGAAUAUAAAACUGCUUCAACAAUGGAAAGUGAUGAAGAGUCUGUAAAGGAAGCAUCAGAUUUUGUGGGAAUGAUGCUAGCUGCUGCCACCUCAAAAACCUGUGCCACGACUAUAGCAUAUCCACAUGAAGUUGUAAGAACAAGACUACGUGAAGAAGGCACAAAAUACAGAUCUUUAUUUCAGACACUAUCUUUGGUUGUUCAAGAAGAAGGUUAUGGGUCUCUUUACCGUGGUCUAACAACUCAUCUGGUGAGACAGAUUCCAAACACAGCCAUUAUGAUGGCCACCUAUGAAUUGGUGGUCUACCUACUUAAUGGAUAGCAACAUCUGGCUGCCGUACUACAGAAAGGGAAGACCAAAAGAUUACAGUGGACCAUGGAAUAGCGAAACCAGCAUGGUGGACAGAAGGAAAAUAGUUUGGGAACAUGUAACUAUGCCUAAGUGGAAGUUUGGUUGUAGGAAUAAAUCAUACCACAUUACUCAGUCUUUUUAGUAAUGUG